AUGAACACAACCAAGCACACAACCCAAGAUAGACAGUCCGACAGACAGUCUGACAGGCAGUCUGACAGACAGUCCAAGACCGUCCACGAGGACGUCAACGACGCUGUCGUCAACGAGCAGGUCCGCCCUCACCAGCAGGAGGAGGUGACGACCGCCGUCGACAAGGACAUCCACCAAGACCACCACCACACCACCAUCCAGCCUGUCAAGGCCCAAGAGACUCUUCCUGAACAGCACCACCAAAAGGUGGCUCCCGUCCAGAACAAGUCCUUUGAGCACGGAAACGAGCGAGACACUCGUCAGGCCCUCGACCAGGAGGCCGCCCAGUUCAAGAACACGUCCACUACGCAGCAGACCACACAGUCGCAGUCAUCCGCAAACGCGCCGGUGACAAACAGCGAGCGGGUGCACCACCACGUGCACGAGCACAUCCAGCCCGUGGUGGAGAAGGAAACGAUCCAGCCUCACGUCGUCCAUACCACCGUGCCGGUCCACGAGACACACCACGCCGAGGCCGUCCACCACGACACUUCGGUGCUGCCCACCAAGACCCUUGGCGAGCUUGAGAGAGGCAGUGGCCAUAGUGGUGUGAACAGCACUAGCCAGGAAUAUGGCCUGCAGGAUGACCGUCGUCACCGCGACCACCAGUACUCCUCUGGCCAGACCACUGGUGGAGCUGGCCUGGGUGCCACAGGAGGUGCCGCGGCUGCCACGCAAGGGCAACGUCACAGCGGUGGCAGAGACGUCGACGCUCGCGGUGUGAAUGACCGCAACGUGGGCCAGACAGGGUUCGAUGAGCACCGUACUCGCCACCAGGAGCCGCAACUCGGUUCCUCCGGUGUUGCUGCCGGCGGCGCGGGUGCUGGUACCGGCGCCGGCGCAAUUGGCACGGGCACAGCUGGAGCGGCGCAGACCGCGGCCAAGACGGCUCAUGCCAAAUCGCACAACACCUCGUCAACAACGACCGGUCACUCCCACACGACUGAUGCCGAGACGAAGAAGCCGUCCAUGGCUGCGAAGCUGAACCCGUUCAAGGAUGCGGAUGGUGAUGGGCACAAGGGCUUCAUGACUUAG